CAGCAGCACCGCGCGCCUCUCUCCAGCUUUUGGGUGGCAGUGUGGGCCUCGCGCCGUGUCCCGAACGCCGCCCCCUUGAUGUGGAAGGCACACUUCCAGGAUGGCGGCUUUAUUAUGGUGCCCUUCAAGACUGUGUGGCACGCGCUCCUGCUCAGCGCCAGCUGCCCAGGCGUUUUUGCCAGCAACAAGAAGAACAUUGCGGAAGCGGAGUCCACAGUACCGAUGUGGCUGCCCGCUGCUAUCGCGGGUGUCGUCUUGCUAAGCUUCGCUGUGAAGCAACUCGGCAUCGGCCAGUCUCGAGGUAAGCAGGGCGACAGCGACAGCGACAGCUCCGAAGACGAACGCAAGCCGAAGAACGACCACGCCAAGCGCCACUGA